CCCCUCGGCUGAGGAAAAUGGCCGACGUUGAGAUGGACAUCGCGUCCACAAGAAUGAAUAAUGGCAACGAACACGUGAAGCAGGAUCUGGAGAGCCAAGAAAAAAGUGGCAAUGAGGACAGCGGAGAGGUGUCGGAGGAAGAAGAGGAGGAAGAGCAGGCAGAGGCUAACGGGGUGAAGACAGAAGAUGGGCCCAAACAUCACAGCAGCAGUGGCGGCAAACACAAGAGGAAAAAACACAAGCAUCGUAGUAAGCACAAAAAACACAAGCAUGCCUCUGACGAGGACAAGGACCGCAAACGGAAGCACCGUCACAAACACAGGAAGCACAAGCGCAAAGAGGCCGGCUCUCCGUCCGGCGCUGCCCUCUUUGCCCCCUCCAGCCACAAAAAAGUCGAAUCCUCUCCCUCCUCUGGAAAUCCAAGUCUGGACGACCGGGCCUUGCUGGAGGAUUUGGAGAAGCGGAGGGCCAUGAUCAAAGCUGAGCUGGACAGCCAGUUGAUGGAGGGCAAGGUCCAGUCAGGAAUGGGCCUUAUCCUUCAGGGUUAUAACUCUGGAUCUGAAGAGGAUGGAGAUGGUAGGAUCAGAAAUGGAGAACCGCGCCAACGGGUCAGCUUGGGUAAACCCAUAUCUCCCAGAGGCGGGAAAGGAGGGAAAUCUAGACGGGAGUCCACAGAGGGCAGCAAGUCCACCUCCAAGCGCCGCACUCGGAGUAAGUCGGCGGAGAGGCUCGGGCAGGCCAAGGAGUCCAAGCCAGACAAGGCGACCAAAACCACCAAGGACACAGCUGUUAAAGACAAAAGCCGCGGCAGAAGCCGGUCGAAAGACAGAAAGCAUUCGGACGGCGCCGACAAGUCCAAGGAGAGAGCCGGGAAGUCCAACUCCCCCACCGCCUGGAGGGGAGAGCAGAAAGGCGGCCGCGCCGAUAAACGUUCCUCUCCGCAGCGCGACGACAGACCAAAUCAGGAGAGAGCGAGGCGGCGGUCCAGAUCGCCUGGCCGAGAACGACCAGGUCGCUCCGACGCCGACCGGGACAAGCGUCCGGCCAAGUCCCCGUCCAAGGACGCUUCAUCGGGGAAGGAGAACCGCUCCCCUCACCGACGAGUGCCCCACAGCCCUGUGAGGAAACGCAGCGCCUCCCCUCGCCACCACCCCCCGGCUACCGCCUCAGACAAGACAUCUAAGCCGAGCCACUCUCCACCCAAAACAAGGUCUCCCCCCAGGAGACCCCGCAGCCGCUCACCAGACGUCCGGAGGCGGGAUGUGGACAGGAAGGACUCCCCAAUGAGGAAGCGCAUACGGCCAGACGCAGGGCCAGGCAGAGAUUGGUCCCGCGAGAACAGUCCCAGAGCAGCCGCUCGGCGCAGGAUGAGUCGCUCACCUUUAAGACGGCGAUCGCCGUCGCCACGACGACGCUCCCGCUCUUCCCCCCGCAGACGGAGCAGGUCUCCCUUGGGACACAGGUUUGGAGAGAGAGACCGCUACGGAAGGCUCCGGCAGUACCGACGCUCGAUGUCCCGCGAUCGAGGUCGGAGAAGAAGACGCAGCCGAGAUGAGGACAAGUUCAAGGGAAGCCUCUCCGAGGGCAUGAAGGUCGACAAAGAGUCCUCAGGGGAAGAAGUGUUGGAGGACUUUGAUGGAGAGGAGGUGGAUGAAGAGUUUGUCAUCGAACAGCGCCGGCAGCAACGUUUGGCCAUCGUCCAGAAAUACAAGGUCGCGAGUGACGACACCAACAUGGUGUCGGAGCCCAGCAGCCCCCAGAGCAGCACGCGCAGCCGGUCGCCGUCCCCCGACGACGUCUUGGAGCGAGUGGCGGCGGAUGUCAAGGAGUACGAGCGAGAGAACCUGGACACCUUCGAGGCCAGCAUCAAAGCCAAGCAGAACCUCAUCGCCCAGGAGAAAGACGGAGCCAACCCAAAGAAGCCCUCGGCCCCCGACAUGUUUACAGAGUCGGACGACAUGUUCGCCGCCGACUUUGACAACGCCCGGAUGAGAGCAGCUGGUGUCGGGAAGGACUUCAAGGAGAACCCCAACCUCAGGGACAACUGGACUGACGCGGAGGGCUACUACCGGGUCAACAUCGGGGAGACGCUAGACAAGCGCUAUGACGUGUACGGCUACACCGGCCACGGUGUCUUCAGCAACGUGAUCAGAGCCCGGGACACCGCCAGGGCCGGCCAGGAGGUGGCGGUCAAGAUCAUCCGCAACAAUGAGCUCAUGCAGAAGACCGGGUUGAAAGAGUUGGAGUUCCUCAAGAAGCUGAACGACGCCGACCCCGACGACAAGUUCCACUGCCUCCGCCUCUUCAGGCACUUCUACCACAAGCAGCAUCUCUGUCUGGUGUUUGAGCCUCUGAGCAUGAAUCUGCGCGAGGUCCUGAAGAAGUACGGCAAAGACGUCGGGCUCCACAUCAAGGCGGUGCGCUCCUACAGCCAGCAGCUGUUCAUGGCCCUCAAGCUGCUGAAGCGAUGCAACAUCCUCCACGCCGACAUCAAGCCGGACAACAUCCUGGUGAACGAGUCGAAGACCAUUUUGAAGCUUUGUGACUUUGGCUCGGCGUCCCACGUCGCCGACAACGACAUCACGCCGUACCUGGUCAGCAGGUUCUACCGCGCUCCGGAGAUCAUCAUCGGGAAGCCGUACGACUACGGGAUCGACAUGUGGUCCGUCGGCUGCACUUUACACGAGCUCUACACCGGCAAGAUCCUGUUCCCCGGGUCCUCCAACAAUCACAUGAUCAAACUCGCGAUGGACCUGAAGGGCAAGAUGCCCAACAAGAUGAUCCGUAAAGGCCUGUUCAAAGACCAGCACUUCGAUCAGAAUUUGAACUUCCUGUACAUUGAAGUCGACAAAGUGACAGAACGGGAGAAGGUGACGGUGAUGAGCACCAUCAACUCCACCAAAGACCUGCUGACGGACAUGAUCGGAUACCAGCGGCUGCCCGAGGACCAGAGGAAGAAGGUGAUGCAGCUGAAGGACCUGCUGGACAGCACCCUGAUGCUGGACCCGGCCAAGCGCAUCAGCAUCAACCAGGCGCUGCAGCACCCCUUCAUCCAGGAGAAGAUAUGAGGCCCUGAACGCCACACACACACUCCCGGAGCAGACGAGGAACCAACCACUAGAGCAGCUCCGGGUGGGGGGGGGGGGGGGCAUAACACACGGAUAGGAUUUUUUUGAGGGGGUUUUCUUCCUCCACUUCAUUUUGUUUAUGGAUUCAUAAUUGCGUUUUAUUGUAAAUAGAUCAUUGAAAUGGUAGCCAUUCUUUAAGACAUUGAUUUUUGCGAUACAUCAUUGUAACCCUAACCCCCCCCCCCCCCCCCCCCUCUCUCUCUCUCUCUCUCCGUAUCCGGCAAUGGGAGUUUUGAAGCGUAUUUGUUUAACUGCCAUCUGAGUGACAGAUGUUUAAAAUAAAACUAUAAUUCCUGUAAAUACCGUCUGUCGUCAGCGAGCGCGAGCAGCGAGCGGUGGAGUCGUGUCGUAGUUGCAGAAAACUAAAACACAGUUCAGUUCUUUCUUUUAAAAACCACAGUUGUCAUUGUGGGGCGAUGCAUGCUUUUGAAUGUGCACCCUUUUGUGCUCUAGAACUCUGUAAUGCUCUGUAUGUCCAUCGGUGUGUCUCCCCCCCCCCCCCCGUAUCCAAAGCUUGAGCUAGGAAUAGAGGGAUAUUAUGUGCUCCUUGAACUUCAUUACUUUUUUCUUUUUUUUCUGGUCGUCAGUUUUCUUUUGCUGGACAUUUCCAUGUUUUUUUUUACCCCCUCCAGCACUCUCUGGCUCGGCCCUGGCUCUUAAGGCUCUCGCGUUCAAGUGCGACACCCCGACGGCGUCCCCCUCUCCCGUUGUUGUAUAUAGUCCAUAGUUAGUCAUUUCACGUGUGAUUCAUUCAACAAAAAAAAUUCUCCAUCUAAAAAGUGGUCAAAAUCAAUUUGUGAUUUCAAUAAAGGAAUAGUUGUGGAACCGCUGCUGAAAGGAGCUUCAGUAUAAGACAACUUUUUAGUAAUAAAAUGUUUCCUAUUGUAUACCAAAACAUA